GGCUUUAGGGGCGAUUUGUUAAGCACAAUAAGCUACUUUGAGUACGAUACAUCUAUUUACAGUUGCUUCAAGGAUGUGUGUGCGUGUCAUUGUAUUUCACUCGAGCCUUUAAUUCUUGGCUCUUACCAGAUUCUGAUUGGCUUUAUUAAUAUUGAGGACUGCACCAAUGACACUUAUAACAAAAGUAUAACAUUAUUUGGACAAACCAUUGACUGUUGGGACAAAGUUCCUCCUUAGGAUUUAGGUUAAUCUACUCUCUGACGCCGUAUAGCGAGUGAGUCAGCACAGUGGUGAAAGACGAAAGAAAGUCUGGAGUGGUGACAGAGAGUGGUAGAACGAUACGAUAGUUGUUACUGGAGCAAACGGGUCGUUUUUCCACAUUUGCUGUUCAACAUAGAAAAUGGCUGUUCCUGCAAGCACACAUCUACAAAUCAACACAGAAGCACAGAGUGGCCAUUCGGUGUCUGCUGCAAAUAGUAUCGAUAUUGACGAGAAAGAGUUGGAAAAUAUCGCUAAGAAUCAACACGAAGACGGGGCAACGUUGCCCCUACAUUCCCCAUGGACAUUUUGGCUCGACAGGUCGUUACCAGGGACAACAGCAGCAGAAUGCGAGUCUAAUCUGAAAAAAAUAUACACUGUAGAAACUGUGCAAAGUUUCUGGAGUGUGUACAACAACAUCCCCUCUGUAACAGCCCUGCCCCUUCGAUGUAGCUAUCACCUGAUGCGAGGGGAGAGGAGACCCCUAUGGGAAGAAGAAAGUAAUGCCAAAGGAGGAGUAUGGAAGAUGAAGAUACCAAAAGACAGCACUGUAUCUUGUUUAACUCUACCCAAUACUCACUGUUUAAACACUUGUCAGCAAUCUUUUGUUUUGCAUAUCUUCAGUUGUUCAGUGCAAUUGACCAGACAUUCCAUGUUUUUCAGUCCUCAGUUUGGAAGGAGCUGUUACUUGCUACAAUUGGAGAGCAGUUUGCAGAUUACUGUGCCUCAGAUGAUGAGGUUGUUGGCGUCAGUGUUAGUGUUCGUGAUCGAGAGGAUGUCGUUCAAGUCUGGAAUGGGAAUGCUUCUCUUGCUAGUGAAGCAAAUAUUUUGGGCAAAGUCUAUGAACUACUUCCUAACAUCACUUUUAAAGCAGUGUUUUAUAAAUCUCACAGGGAACAUCAUGCCUUUGAAGGAGGACGUUCAAGACAGUAGCUCCUUAUGCACCUGAUGCACUUUUUGUUGUCAGAGCUCAGUUCUGGCCUGGGCAUAAUACAAUGCCCACAACUCAAGAUUAUCACCCAGCAUAUUUUGCAAACCUUAUUGAUAUAUUUUUGAUGGAAUUAACUGGUUGAGUUUCCAGUCUGAUGCCUUUAAUCCGUUUUUUAUGUAAAUGAACUCUUGAAUCAGACUAUUCCUCAGAGAUUGUAUUUUUAAUGCAUUUCCUUUCAUUUUUUGGAAAGAUACCACAAUCCCAUUGUACUGAAGGAACAUAUACAGAAAGACAAGAACAUUCAGAUAUGUCACUCAUAGGGGCACCAUGAGACACUUUAAGGAACUCUGGCUCUAUAUCAGCUCCUAGUGAAGCAGUAGUUCUGCUUUCUUUGUAUAUGUUCUUGACUGCGCUGCACUGUCACUGCCAUACUGUCCGCACAGCAAGUCAUACAUCUCUUCUCACAUUCACUGAAAUUGAUAGUCUGUAGAAAUGGCACAUCAAAUUAUACAGGCUCAUCUUUCCCCUUGUUGGUCCAUCAAGAAAUGUAACUCAUUUCAUACAAGACUAUUCUUUUAUCUUUGUUGUAAUUUUUCAUAGUUUGAUCCAAAGUGCCAAAAUAACCUGUUGGGCACACUUACAAAGAACACACUGCACAUCAUUUUAUCUUAUUUUAUCUUAUUACAAGUAUACAUAGUGGUCAACAAUGCCAUAGGCACUAACUGUAUUAAUGUGUUCAGCACCAUCCAAUGUAUAUCUUUUUAAAAUUACCUUCUAUGGAAUAAUGUCUGCAAUAAGCUCACCGUGUUAGAUUUAAAGUCACUUUACAAUGUUUUGAAUUCAGUCAAAAGUAAAUAUUAUGAAAAAUAAUUAUUUUGUACCUCACCUCUGCUUUUAUGCUCCUGUAAUGAAACUUUCUGGAUUGUUUAUAGAUGUAAAUCUUUGUUGCUAGACCAAAGACAAUAGUUUCCCCUGGAACAAAAGUUUAGUUAGCCUAAUACUCUAAAUCAACUGCUAAUUGUGCUAUUGACAGCUUCUUGUAGAAAGAUGUAAUAAUGCUUCACUUGAUCAAGGGGUUUCUCAUCUAUACAAGGUUCAGUAUGCACCAUACCACAACUAUACCUUCAUUUUGUCUUUGUGUGGGGGGGGAGUUUGUACCUGCAUUUUCUUUUCUCCAAAUCCAAUGCACCAAGAAUGUGAAGAAUAAUUUCAGUUGUGUGUUAUAAGCACAGUUUUAAGGGUUUAAGGGUCAUAUUUAAUGUGGAAGAUGUGUAGCUCUUUUAGGUAGCUAACCUAUAGUUUGUCUAAUUACUUUAAGGUUCUUUAAGUGAGGGAUAUCGUUUUUUUUUUUUUUUACGUGCCUUAUCUGUACAGGUUUUCAACUCUAGAAUGUUCUCUCUAAAUGUAUGCAAUAUUUCUUAAUGUUUGUCAGAUACCAAUUAUUUGACUUUUUAUGUUGAAAAAAUAAAAUGACCCAUUUGAGAUUAA